AUGACGAGAAUUGAACAAGCCGUGAAGGAUAAAGUCUUGGAACUCCAAGAUCAGCUACAAGAAGUCAUAAAGGGAAAGAACCAGGCCUCAAUCCACAAUUUCCACUUCACAACAGAUCUUGCAUUUACAGAUGAGGUGCAAAACCUGGAUCCAAUGGUGAAAUUCCAAGCUCUGUGGAGUGGAAUCUGUGAUAUCGAGUUAAAAAAGUCAUUAAUCAUGGAUGAACCCAGAGAUAUGUAUGAACUAUUUUCAAGGUGCGAAAAGUAUAUCAACUUGGCUAAAGUUCUUGCGGCAGAAAGGGGAGACAAAACUGAGAAGAAGGCUCCGUGGAAGAAGGAAGAGAUUCCUCGAGAGGCCGGCACAAAGCGCAACCGAGAUGAUGAGGAUGGAAAGAAAAGAAAAGAUGAUAGAAAAGCUUGGGCUCCUCGGGCCCCAGAUAGAGAAUCCGAGCCAAGUUAUAUUGCCCUGACACACGCCCAGGCACAUAUAUUGAACGAGAUUAAAGAUCAAACAACCCUAGCAAAAAUGGUCAAGCCAGCCCACGAGCGCAAUAAAAACAAGUACUACCGUUUUCACCAAGAUCAUGGUCAUGAUACCGAGGAAUGCAGACAGUUGAAGGACGAGAUAGAAGCGCUCAUCCAGAGAGGGCGUCUCAAACGAUUCAUCAAAAAGGAGGAGAAUGACCGAAGGAUGAAAUACAGAGCUCGAGAGCCCGAGGGAAGGCGGAGAUCAUCCCCUAAAGCUAAUAAAGAGGAACUCCCCCGAGGUGAACCCCACGGACCUGGCACAGGGGGAGAAACCUCCAACUCUCGAAAGCACCAUGCAUGGAAUACGCCCCAUGACGAUGCCUUGGUGAUUAAGAUGGUGAUUGCUAACUGCGCGCUAGGGAGAAUCUUGGUAGAUAAUGGGAGUUCAGUUGACAUCCUAUAUUAA